UUGUCUCUGCCUUUCUAAGGAAGAAAGAAAGAGAGAGUCUUAUCAAAAGGGAAUUCUCAGAACUCAGAAGAAGGAGAAGGUGAAAGAGAAUUUAGGAAUAUCAUUUCUUUUGAUAUAAAAUGGGAAGACCACCUUGCUGUGACAAAAUUGGCAUUAAAAAAGGGCCUUGGACUCCAGAAGAGGACAUCAUCUUGGUCUCUUACAUUCAAGAACAUGGACCUGGGAAUUGGAGAUCAGUUCCUACUAAUACAGGUUUGAUGAGAUGCAGUAAAAGCUGCAGACUCAGAUGGACUAACUAUCUUCGACCUGGUAUCAAACGAGGUAAUUUCACUGAUCAUGAAGAGAAAAUGAUAAUCCACCUCCAAGCGCUUUUGGGUAACAGAUGGGCUGCCAUAGCUUCCUAUCUUCCACAAAGGACAGACAAUGACAUAAAAAACUAUUGGAAUACCCAUCUCAAGAAAAAGCUGAAGAAGAUGCAAAAUGGGAAUGAGGAUGAUCAUGACAAAGGAGGAAACUCUUUUUCACAGUCAAAAGGUCAAUGGGAGAGAAGGCUCCAAACAGAUAUCCACAUGGCCAAACAAGCCUUAUGUGAGGCACUUUCCCUUGACAAGCCAAGUCAUAUUUUACCUGAGAUAACCAAUAAUUACCCUGCAACCAAGGCUACAACAACACCAAACCAAACAUCAUCUCUAUACGCCUCAAGCACUGAAAACAUAGCCCGAUUGCUCGAAAACUGGAUGAAGAAAUCCCCAAACUCUGGUGAAACAAAUUCAGGAAAUUCCUUUAGCAACAACAUGGUAACCACAGGGUCAAGUUCUAGUGAAGGAGCACAGAGCACUCUCACUUGCACACAACAAGAUCAUCAUGCUCUUGACUCUUUGUUGAGCUUCAAGUCCUUCAACUCUGGUUAUUCUCAAUCUGUGUCGUUUGAAGAAAACAACACCAACUUGACAAGUGCCGAUGCUGGCAACUUCCAAGAUGAAAGCAAGCCAAGCAUGGACACGCAAGCUCCUCUCAUGUUUCUGGAAAAGUGGCUUUUUGAUGAUGGGGCCAAUCAAUGUCAUGAAGAUUUAUUGAACAUGUCACUGGAGGAAAGUACAUCAGUGUUAUUUUAGAAAACCAGAAAAUUGUACGUUGCCAUCUGGGGUCUUUUUUUUUUUUUUUUUUUUAUUGUUGCAAAUGGAACUAGUUUUCUAAGUCCAGAGUGUGAAGGUAAUUCCCUCUUACUCUACAAGCAAAAACUGUACAUUAUAAGUACAUCUAUGAUGUUAAUUAUGCUAUCUACCAAAUAAUUAGAGUUGAAUGUGACUUUUGAGCACUUAUCUAAGAAAAUAAACAUAGUAAAAAUAUAU